ACUGCUGCAUGCAUUUUAAGGUCUACUAGGCACGCCAGCCCUUGAUUGCUCUAAUUCAGCUCACCUGGCGGAGCGGUGCACACCAGGCCGCGCUUAGUUGUAGAUUGCACACAAGGUCUAAUCAGCAGCAGCACAGAGCAGGUAGUAGGCAGAAGGAAGAGAAGCCUCUUUGUCAGAUCACCGGUGCUCCGCGUUAAAAGCAGCAGCUGCAGCAGCAAUGAGCGAAUCUCAUGAAAGAAGCCCAAAUGAAGCGGAUGGAGUUAAAUCAUUCGUUUGUGUUUUCACGGACAAUUAGUAGGAUAAUUCAGUGCCACUCCGUGUUUUCCGUGAUAUCCUGUAGUUUGGCGAUAAUAUCUGCGUUCCUGCUGACCAGAGAAGCUGCUGACGCUCUCCAGGUGAUUGGUGGAAGUGUGACAGUGGUUCAAGGAGGCACCGCUAUCUUAUCAUGCCAUGUCAUUGAUACCAAUGAUGACCUGACACAGAUUACCUGGCAGAGGAAGACGAGAGAAAAACCUCGCAAUGACAAUUUCCUCACUAUCUUACCCAGAGAGGGAGCGCAGUUUGUCAAUGGACGUGAUGAUCGAUUUAAAUAUAUCGGGAACUUUAAUGACAAAAAUGGAACUCUCCAGUUAUCCAAUGUUACCCUGAAGGAUGAAGGCAGCUACACAUGCAUCUUCACGUUGUUUCCCAGUGGAAAUCAGAAGACUGAAAUACCUCUGAACUUGCUUGUGCCUCCAUUCACAAGCGUCAAGGACAACCUUCCCACUUUGGGCACAGAAGAGGUUUUAAUUGCUACCUGCACGGCUGCUGGAUCGAAGCCUCCUGCAGAGGUGAGGUGGCUCACUGGUGCUUUGGGAGACAAAGUGAGGACGACAACAAACUCCACUCAGUAUGACAAUGAUACAACUACCACAGUCAGCUCUCUGUUUGGCGUUCCUACGAGAGAGAUUAACGGUCACCAGGUCCAGUGUGUCAUCAGUGGUGAUUCCCUGUCUACAGAAAAAAGUCUGCCCUUCACCAUACAGGUCUACUUCCCACCCACAGAAGUGAACAUUAGAGCAAUUUCAGAGGACUCAUUUGAGUGUGUGACAGAAGCCAGCCCAAAUGCAAAAUUUAUCUGGAGCAGAUCUGGCCAGUCUUUGUGGCAGCCUGGUGUCAAAGCAGAUGGUGCAAAGCUACAACUGCUGAGUCUGACCUCUGAUCUAAGUGGCCUUUAUCAGUGUGAAGCAUCUAAUGCAUAUGGAAGUAAACAUGGUCAGCUCUAUGUGCAUGUGGUAUCAGGAGCAUGUUCUGCUGCUUGGGCCUUGUUUGGUCUUUUGCUUUCCCUGAAUGUCAUUGGGGUUGCAGCAUGGUGCUUUUAUAAAUAUGGACGUUUUCAAAGGCAGAGUGUCCCAACAACUGAAGCAGGUGUUGACGCAACAGAGCAAGAACAGCAGGGAGAGGAAUUUGUCUGACAGUUACGGAAGGUAUGAAGUCAAAUGGAGGAGCAACGGGAAUGCUUACACUUCACUCUUAUGGAAAUUUUUUGAUCAUCAUACCAAAGAUAUAAAAAGACUAACAGAUAAUUCUCACUGAUAUGACUUUUUUUCUGCAAACCUUAUCACGCCUGUAGUCUUUGUUGAACACUUGAGGAUGUGGACAAGUGGGUGAAAAAUUUGUCUGACAGAUAACUCAAGCAGAGAAAAACAUCCUUGCAGAGGUGAGAAGGGUCCGGGUGUUACUAAAGGACAAGAUCAGAAAGGCUAGGGACAAUUACAGGAGGAAGCUGGAGUGGAAACUACAGCAGAACAGAAUGAGAGAGGUGUGGAGUAGGAUGAAGACAAUCACUGGAAUCAGGCCAACCAACAGCAGGGGAGCUGGGGGCGGUGAGGAAAGAGCUGAUGAGCUGAAUUUGCAGAUUUGACACUGCAGUGAAUCCUCACAUCCCCACAACCUCACCUGUAGUCAGCCUGGAAUCCAGUCAAUAAACUGAUCCUUAAGGCCAGUAAUGUAGUGUGUGUAUAGAGCUGCACUCUCUUAAGGUGGUGUUGGAGAGGCCAAUGUUGUCCAAGAUAAGAACAAUGUUGGACAAUACCUCCCACCUACUCCAUGACAUGCUAGCUAGCCACAGGAGCACAUUCAGUGAGAGACUGAGAUUACCAAAAAGUACCACCAAACGACUCAGGAAAUCAUUCCUGCCUGUGGCCAUCUCCCUGUACAACUCCUCCAUCUAACACACUGUAAAAAUGCAAUAGUUACAUCCCUUUUGCACAGGCUCCUUUCUACUUGGUAAUGUUGCUGUCUAUUUUUUUUUUUAAUUUAUUCGUAAUCACAUCUGUCAAACCUGGAUAUUUAUUGUUAUUAAUUGGUGAUUUGUAUAUAUUGUACAAUAGAGAUUGACAGACCACGUGACUUUCGCGCAUUGCAUGUUGGGUACCCGUGGCAACAGAAUCACCGGUAAUCAUUAAUUCUGCGGUUUUAAUCCCUACUUGCAUUUUAUUUGCCCCAAAAACAGUUAUGUACAAAACGACGGAGAACACGGCAGGUCCGUACAAAGACAGACUUCACGAAAAGGCAAAAAAAAAGGAUGAGGAAAAAAAUCA